GGAGUGUUCAUAGGUGACUGUGGCGGUGGGCAUUCCCGGAGCUCAGCAGGCGCCAGCGACGGCCUGGCUCCGGUUGCAUUGCUGCGGGGCAUUAGGACCCGGAGGUUGCCGAGCGGAGGAGGCCGAAUCCCUCUCCCGCUGUCAUCCUCUGCUUCUGCAGCCUUAUUCCCCAUCUCCUUCAAUGGUGACGGACUACCUCCUGCCCGGGCGGCCAGCCACAGCGAGGCCUCGCUAGGACCGCUUCCCGGCGGAUCGAUGGCAUCUCCCAGGACCAUCACCAUCGUCGCCCUCUCGGUGGCCUUGGGGCUCUUCUUCGUCUUUAUGGGGACCAUCAAAUUGACCCCUCGGCUCAGCAGAGACGCCUACAACGAGAUGAAACGAGCCUACAAAAGCUACGUGCGGGCCCUUCCCAUGCUGAAGAAGAUGGGAGUCAGCUCCAUUCUUCUCCGCAAGAGCAUCGGUGCCCUGGAAGUGGCAUGUGGCAUUGUCAUGACUCUGGUGCCCGGUCGCCCCAAGGACGUGGCCAACUUUCUCCUCCUCCUCCUCGUGCUGGCUGUGCUCUUUUUCCACCAGCUAGUGGGGGAUCCACUCAAGCGUUAUGCCCAUGCCCUAGUCUUUGGGAUCCUGCUUACUUGCCGCCUGCUGAUUGCCCGUCAGCCUGAGGAGCAGCCGCCAGAAAAGAGGAUCCUGUCGGUGAACGGGGACGAGCAGCCCCUUGCCCAUGAGGCGGCUCCUGAGAAAGGCAAAAUGAAGGUAUCCUAGCUGAGUGUGUUUGAGGAAUACGGACCCACGAGGCAGCUCUCUCCAAAAGCACCCCAGAAAGUUUGUUUUUUAUUUACCUAUUUUUUGGCUGUCUAAAUAAAGUUGCACUUGGGGUCUGAGAGACACAGGUUAUGUCUACACUGUAGUUGUGCUUUUGCUGCUGCCUUGUGACGUAGAAAAAUACAAGCUGGCUUUAAACUAGAUAGCUUGGAGGCAGUUAGCAGCCCGCCUGGAGGAGCGCUGGCCUCAAUAGGAGCUGCAAAACCAAUCUGAGAGCAUGGGCGAAUACUUGGGCAGUUAGCCUGUGGUAACUCAGUGCUUCUGGAGGGGCGGAAUUAGUCCCUGAGCGAGGCAGUUUAAAGCUAGCCUGAAUAGACCUCUGCUGCAUUGCAAUCUUGGCAGCAACUGCUGUGUAGAACAUAACCAGAGCGUCUAGGGCAUGUGUCCCUGCACCGGCUUGUGCAACCCACCUGAUAGAGCUAUCUGAUUGCAAAUA